CUUAGCGGUGCAGAAAUGUGUCUCUGUGAUUCGUAGGGAUUUUUGCGCGAUCCAAGCCGAGGUUAAAGCUCCGAGGAAGCAGGAAACGCGAUUACGUUCGAAAGAGAGGAAAAUCGGGCAACAGAACCGCCGGUGAAAAUAAUCGAUCUCGUCCAAUCGCAGGCUGGUUUCACCGAUCGCGGUUCCCGCGGGCACGAGCGGGAAUUAUGUAAGGUCGUCCGAAAAUUCUGGCACAGGAACGGCACGCUGGUAACCCUUCUCUCAGAUGCACGUUCGAGAGUGAAAGCGUAAGCAUCGGACGCGUGGUUCACCUUUAGCUGGAUCUUACACCGCGUGGUCGCGAGUUAUCCCGACGUUAUCGAUCAUAGCGUGGAAAGAUGCAACCGACGAUCGCCGUCUCCGUGGCCCUGAUCCUCCUGGUCGCGUCCUCCAUCGCGGAAUUCGAGGACCACUUCGAAAAUUGCCAUCCGAACGUGGCUGGAUUCGAUGGAUGUGUUCGAAAAGCCUUGAACGAGAUUCGACCGUAUUUUAAAACCGGACUGGUCAAGUACGACGUGCUUCCGUUCGAUCCAUUUUUUGCUAGGGAAGUGACGGUGAAGCGGGGAAUGCCGAAUUUUGGCUUCACUUUGACGCUGAGAAACGUCACCGAGAGUGGAUGGUCCGCCAGCAAAGUGACGAAAUUCGUCAGUGAUCUGCCACACUACAAGAUUGUUUACACUCAGAGUUUCCCGGAGAAAUUCCUAGACGGUUCUUACGAAUUCAACGGAUCCGUGUUUGCGUCGUCGAUGAAGAACAAGGGAAGAUUUACUUUAGCCCUGUACGAUCUCAUUCAGACAACCACGGUCACCAAGCUACCAGGAGAGAAGAUCCAAGUGAGCGUCGACGUGCAAACGAUCAGGGAUUUGAAACUUCACAUCACGAACCUGCUCUUUGGCCGACAAAUACUCGAGGAUCUCCUCGACAGGAUAAUAAACGGCGCUUGGCAACCAGGAUUCGUAAUGACCAGGCGUUUAAUCAACGAUUUGGUCUCUACGGCGUUCACGGAAAUAUUCGAGAAAGCUUUCCAUAAUUUUCCGUUCGACAAAAUCGUCAGAUCGGUGUAAAUCGAAAACGAAUCGCGAGCUGCGUAUGCAUUGUGCUUCGUUAAAUAGUAUUAAUGACGGAAGAAGAAAUACGUGUGAUAUAGGGGCUAGUAUACGCAAUAAUACUAUUAACGCUAGAUUUUAGAAAUUUCAUAGAAAUACAUAUACAGACAAUGUCCGUAAAUCUAGUGUCAAAGUCUACUUAAGAAUCGAAAUAAUUUAGAAUAUUAUAGGUAGAAUAAUUCAAAGUAAUUUUCAGUUCAUUAGCACAGUUAAUAUUUAAUAGUUUCUCACUUCAAUUUGAAGAUUGAAAAGUGUUGAGACGCGUGAUUCGUAUUCGAACCGAAAGUAUGUUACGAUCUGCCAGUGUUCCUUUCGCGGAUUCAUGCAGACGUAAGUACUUCGCUUUAAUAACGACUCUUGGCUGUCUUUGAUCGAUCAUUUCCUCGAGCUAUCAUCGACCGAUCUU